GGCGGCGGUGGCGGCGGCGGUGGCGGUGGGGAACCCGGCCUGAGCCUCGGAGCGAGUGGCGUGACUCCGGCCGUGGUCACCAUGUCCGCGCCGUCCGAGGAGGAGGAGUACGCGCGGCUAGUGAUGGAGGCGCAGCCGGAGUGGCUGCGCGCGGAGGUGAAGCGGCUGUCGCACGAGCUGGCCGAGACCACGCGUGAGAAGAUACAGGCGGCCGAGUACGGGCUGGCAGUGCUCGAGGAGAAGCACCAACUCAAACUGCAGUUCGAGGAGCUCGAGGUGGACUACGAGGCCAUCCGCGGCGAGAUGGAGCAGCUCAAGGAGGCAUUUGGACAGGCCCACACGAACCAUAAGAAGGUGGCUGCAGACGGCGAGAGCCGGGAGGAGAGUCUGAUCCAGGAGUCAGCUUCCAAGGAGCAGUACUAUGUGCGCAAGGUGCUGGAGCUGCAGACAGAGCUGAAGCAGCUGCGCAACGUGCUUGCCAACACGCAGUCAGAGAACGAGCGCCUGGCCUCAGUGGCCCAGGAGCUGAAGGAGAUCAACCAAAAUGUAGAGAUUCAGCGUGGCCGCCUGCGGGAUGACAUCAAGGAGUACAAGUUCCGGGAGGCCCGCCUGCUGCAGGACUACUCGGAGUUGGAGGAGGAGAACAUCAGUCUGCAAAAGCAGGUGUCUGUGCUCAGGCAGAACCAGGUGGAGUUUGAGGGUCUCAAGCAUGAGAUCAAGCGUCUGGAGGAGGAGACCGAAUAUCUCAACAGCCAGCUGGAGGACGCCAUUCGGCUCAAGGAGAUCUCGGAGCGGCAGCUGGAGGAGGCGCUGGAGACGCUGAAGACAGAGCGGGAGCAGAAGAACAGUCUGCGCAAGGAGCUGUCGCACUACAUGAGCAUCAAUGACUCCCUCUACACCAGCCACCUGCACGUCUCCCUGGACGGCCUUAAGCUCGGUGAUGACGCCGAAGCCCUGGCCAAUGGCUUUGAGCACGGUGGCCUGGCCAAGCUGCCGCUGGACAACAAGACCUCCACACCCACCAAGGACGGCCUUGCUCCACCUUCCCCCAGCCUCGUUUCUGACCUCCUCAGUGAGCUCAACAUCUCUGAGAUCCAGAAGCUUAAGCAGCAGCUAAUGCAGAUGGAGCGGGAGAAGGUGGGCCUGCUGGCAACGCUGCAGGACACACAGAAGCAGCUGGAGCAGGCCCGAGGGGCCCUGUCGGAGCAGCACGAGGAGGUGAGCCGCCUCACAGAGAACCUGAGUGCUCUGCGGCGCCUGCAGGCCAGCAAGGAGCGGCGGACAGCCCUGGACAGUGAGAAGGAGCGAGACAGCCAUGAGGAUGGUGACUACUAUGAGGUGGACAUCAAUGGGCCUGAGAUCCUGGCCUGCAAGUACCGUGUGGCCCUGGCAGAGGCUGGUGAGCUUCGGGAGCAGCUGAAGGCGCUGCGCAGUGCACACGAGGCCAGCGAGGCCCAGCACACCGAGGAGAAGGGCCAGCAUGAGGCCGAAAGCCAGGCGCUCACUGAGAAGGUCUCCCUGUUGGAGAAGGCCAGCCGCCAGGACCGCGAGCUCCUGUCCCGGCUGCAGAUGGAGCUGAAGAAGGUGAGCGACGUCGCAGGCGAGACACAAGGCAGCCUGAGCGUGGCCCAGGACGAGCUGGUGACCUUCAGUGAGGAGCUGGCCAACCUCUACCACCACGUGUGCAUGUGCAACAACGAGACGCCCACCCGUGUGGUGCUGGACUACUACCGAGAGGGCCCGGCUGGCGCCGGCAGCUGCAGCCCUGAGACCCGUGGGCGUCGCUCACCUGUCCUGCCCAAGGGGCCGCCUGCCUCAGAGGGUAGGGCCAGGGACAGCAGCCCCUCACCUGGCUCCUCACUGCCCUCGCCCCUGAGUGACCCACGCCGGGAGCCCAUGAACAUCUACAACCUGAUCGCCAUCAUCCGUGACCAGAUCAGGCACCUGCAGGCAGCUGUGGACCGCACCACAGAGCUGUCGCGGCAGCGCCUGGCCUCACAGGAGCUGGGCCCAGCUGCGGACAAGGACCGGGAGGCACUCAUGGAGGAGAUCCUGAAGCUGAAGUCGCUGCUCAGCACCAAGCGGGAGCAGAUCACCACGCUGCGCACGGUGCUCAAGGCCAACAAGCAGACAGCAGAGGUGGCCCUCGCCAACCUAAAGAGCAAGUACGAGAACGAGAAGGCCAUGGUGACCGAGACCAUGAUGAAGCUGCGCAACGAGCUCAAGGCCCUCAAGGAGGACGCGGCCACCUUCUCCUCACUGCGUGCCAUGUUCGCCACCAGGUGUGACGAGUACAUCACACAGUUGGAUGAGAUGCAGCGGCAGCUGGCAGCUGCUGAGGACGAGAAGAAGACACUCAACUCGCUGCUGCGCAUGGCCAUCCAGCAGAAGCUGGCGCUGACCCAGCGGCUGGAGCUGCUUGAGCUGGACCAUGAGCAGACCCGGCGAAGCCGCGCCAAGGCCACCCCCAAGGCCAAGCCUGGUACCCCGAGCAUGCCAGGUGCUACCCAGACCAACUUGGAUUUGGCAAACUGCGGAGUGAAGAUACACAGGAUGGACCAUACCUGUCCCUUCUGUGUGCCUAUACCCAGCUCCAGGCUGUUUUGCAGAUGGGAUGUCAGAUCUUGGAUUCCCCUCCCACUUGAGAAGAUGUCAGGCCAUCUCCCCUCUGCAAGCAGGACUUCCAGGGGCGUGGCUGCCUGCUGGUGCCGCAUACUGCUUCUGCCUCCUUGCCAAGCCUGGCACACAGCUUCUCUCCAUACUUGUAAAGUAAAGGGUCUUCAUGAGGUACUCGGGGCCAGCGGCGCCCCCUAACACAUGCAGGUCUUCUCUGCUGCCAACUAACACACCCAUGCCCUCACAGCUCGGUGAGAGCUUUAGUUGUCUGACGGGUGACCGGUUCUAACGUUGUCUUGUUUUCUCCCAUUUUCAGCUGUAGAGUAGCUGCUGGGAGGACUCGGCCGCCGGCCCUGUCACACUGCAGCCCCCUCCCCUCCUCUCCCAUGGGCCCACGCAGAGGAAGGAAGGGCAGCCUAAAAGUCCACUUAGAAACGUUUUUGGAUAUGCUACUGCAAUUCUUUUCAAAAUAGCAUUCCCCAAGUUUUUAAUGGCAGAGGAAAUAAAAGCUUUAAUGUUGAGAAUGCCGGCAGCUGCUGCUUGGAAAGGCCUUUGUACAGGCGCUGAAGAACCUGCUUGGACAGCGACCACCAGGCUUGCUUAGGAACCCUCUAGAAACACUCACCACUGGGGUCUCCCUAUUACAGAUACUCCUUUUUUACCCAAUCCACCUGUGCACUUUUGAUAUUAUAUUUGCUUCCUUCAUCCCUGGCGUAGAGAUGGUCUCAGAUGCCAUAGUCUGUCUCGUGGUCCUGUAGCUCCCAAUGGUGUGUUGAUCUGUUAUCAGCACAUGGCACAGGUGUGUCCUCCUAGCGUGUAGCUCUAGACUGUUUAGGUGAAGGCUUCAACUUGGUAAGGAGCCCGGCUAAAUGUAUCCAUGCUGUGGUUCAGCAGCCUUUUAAUUAUACGGCAUUGUGGUUCGUGUUUGAAAUUACAGAUUUUAAAUGCCAUUGUUCAUUAAGAAAUCCAGGGUAUUCGGAUUCUGGGGUUUUUCAUAUUGUAUUAUUAUUAUUCUUAGGAAUAGUUCAAUGUAACAAGAAGAAAACUUGACCUUUGCUCUGGUUAAACAGUAAAAGGCACUUGAAAACAAAAAGAUAAAUUAUUGAAUGAGUAGUAUUACCUACAAAUUCCAGAAUUUUCUGGGUUUUAGGACAUUGUGAAGCAUGACUGAUUAACAGAAUUUUAUACAACUGUACCAGUGAAAUUCCAAAUUGGAAUUGUUUUGUUACUCCGGUUGUUGUGCCAAAUUGUGGUACACUUAGAAAAUUCUACAGUCGUCGAUUUUUAGGGUGUUAUAUUUCAACGCCUUUUUGUUAGUAAUCAUUGCCAGUAGUGCCUUCAUCAGUUUAGGGAGGUGUUCCAGCGUAGUUUAUUCUCUAAAAUGGACAGUGAAGAGCUAGUUGGGAAUGUUGAAGGCCAGUGUGGACCAAUCAGUGUGAACAGGUGCACACCUUCUAACCUGACCCUGGGCAUCUUCAUUGAGGGAAAGAAAACAGCAAUUGUGCAAAAUUCUGUUAGUCAGUGAUUCUUUACUGUGCAGAUCCUUGCAAAUUCAGGGGCUGAGAAAACGAAAGUGAACACAAACCUUGAGUGUGCUUUGGGAACCAAAUGGACUUUAUGGGACAAGCUAAGCAAGCUAUGUGAACAACACGCCACGUUUGUGAAGAGUGGGGCGGGUGGCAGGGGAGCCGGCACUGUCGGCCUCGUGCAUUGGGGUGAGGGCUAGCCAUAGUAUUCUUUGCAAAUGUGAGAGAGAGACAUUAUAUAUUCUCUUGCUUGGUGUAACUAAUCACUGUUAAUUUCAGGAAACAGAAGUCACUAAAGCUCCUUAGCAAACCAGAUCUAUGUCCUGUCCUGAUUUGCUGAGUGAGGUUGUGCAAGUGGUCAAAUUGGUACUCAAGGAGGAGGAAGAAAAAGUGUCCUCUCUCCUCCAAAAUACAGGACAAAUUAUAAUAAUAUAAGUAGCAAGAAUAGAAGAAUUCUGUUUCCUGGAAUAAGCAUUUUUAUUCCUAGUUGUAGGGACCCCUAUUUUUACCUUCUCUUACAGUGUUGAUUCAUAAGAAAUAAUGUUACAUUUACAAAAACUUCAUCUGUACGGGGUAUUUAUUUGCAAUGAUGUCUGUGUACUGUAUUUUUUCUGUGCAUUACCUUAGUGUCAGAAUGUCUUUAUUUUAAGAUCAUAUGCAUGUUCUCCUGCCAAGGAACCUUUACACAGACCCAAACAAACAAAAAUGCCUUCAGAUUCUGAGAAAAUGAGGCACUGCAUGGAAAAGGAAUAGGAAGGAGAAAUCAGUCACAACUUGGGACACAGACAUAUGGUGCAAAUGUCUGUAAAGCCAGUGCACAUAGGAACAGUGGGCCUGGGUAAAGGGUCACGUUGGUAGGACCAGUAAAUAAAGAAUAAUAAAAAGACAAAGCA